UGCAGUAGUUCACAGUGCAACAAUAAUAUCGUUAAAUUGCCUACUAUACAGCUACCUAAGUUUAGUGGUUCAUAUGAUAAUUGGCUUGAGUUUAGAGACACUUUUUGUAGCUUAAUACACUCGAACGAUAGUAUAGAUAAUAUAAAUAAGUUUCAUUAUCUUCGCGCGUCGCUCGAAGGGACAGCCGCUGUGGUUAUUCAAUCUAUUGAAUUUUCAGCCGGUAAUUACUUAAUUGCUUGGAAUUUGUUAUGCGACCGGUUUGAUAACAAAAGGCUAUUGAUACAGAAUCAUGUUGCUGCAAUAUUUAACAUCGAGACAAUUACUAAAGAGUCGAAUUAUAUUUUAAAGCGUACAAUUGAUACGAUAAAUAAAAAUGUUAGGGCUUUAGAAUCGUUAGGAGAACCUGUAAGUUACUGGGAUACGUUAUUAAUAUACAUAAUUAGCCAUAAAUUAGAUUCAAAAACGUAUCGUGAGUGGGAGGAAUAUAAAGAUCUGAAGUAUAAGCCAACAACUAAUGUAUGUUCUAACACUGAGGACCGCUCCGCACUUUCUCCCGCAAACCCGACACAAAGCAGUGACGAGCCCUCUGGUAAUGUCACGUUGUCUGCUCAACUUUCAACCUACUUGCCCAACAGAACGCAGCAAAAAGUCGUGUGGCGCCUAUAAAGCCCACCACGAUCCCGAGACUCGAGCUGUGCGCUGCGCUCGUCGGAGUGCGCCUAUACGAAAAGGUGUUACGUUCUCUACGAGUGCAAAUUUAAGGGAAAGGUAGUGAAUCCUAUCAUGGGUAACCUGCCGCAGCGACGUGUGACCGCGAGUGGCUAUCCCUUCGAGACCGUUGGCAUCGACUACGCCGGACCUAUCAUGUCAGCCAGUAGACAAGGACGCGGCUGUAAACUUGUCAAAGUUUAUAUUAUUGUUUUCGUGUGUUUCGUUACUAAGGCCAUGCACAUUGAGUUAGUAGGUGAUUUGACAAGUAAUAAUUUUAUGUCGGCUCUUCGUCGAUUUAUGUCACGUCGCGGCAAACCUAAACACAUUUAUUCCGAUAACGGGACCUCAUUCGUAGGUGCGUAUAAUGAAAUCGGUCGUUUUAUUAAAAGUUGUAACAAUUCGCUGCCUGGUGACCUAGCUCCUGAAGGUAUUGAUUUCCAUUUCCUACCUCCUCACGCCCCUCAUUUCGGUGGUCUAUGGGAGGCAGGCGUUAAAUCUGUAAAGUUCCAUCUCAAACGAAUUCUUGGUAAUUGUAACCUCACAUACGAGGAAUUAAACACUGUGCUGGUCCAAAUUGAGGCAGUUCUCAACUCACGUCCGCUAACGCCGCUCUCAGCAGAUCCUAGCGACCUGCUUCCAUUGACGCCGGGACACUUCCUCAUCGGCCGCCCUCUCACCGCGCUGCCGACUGACUGCUACGAGCAACACGUCACAGGAACACUGAGCCGAUACCAACAUUUGGAGCAACUCCGCCAACACUUUUGGCGCAGAUGGAGCAAGGAGUAUAUAUCGGAACUACAGUUGAGGACGAAAUGGCGCUCUGAUGUCAACCCUUUACAGGAAGGCGUCCUCGUCAUCCUGAAGGAGGACAAUCUACCGCCGCUGAAAUGGCGGCUGGGUCGAGUCGUGGCAGUCCAUCCCGGAGCGGACGGAGUAUCCCGCGUGGCUGACGUGCGGACUGCGACAGGAGUCGUACGCCGCGCCUUUAGCAAGAUCUGCCCGCUGCCUCAAGACGACAUCUAGUUUUGUUGAAGGACGAGCCUUCAACGCCCGGGGGCAUGUUCGCGCCAAUUCGCCGUUUCACAACGCCUACCAUUUUACGACGAGCAACGGCGUAAUUUUAGG